GCAGGGGAAGCGUACUGUGAGGAAUACGGUAACAGCUGAAGCCGUGUCAGAGCAGGGAAGCCGCCGCUGUCCCCGCCCCCUGUGCUGGCCGCUGCUGCUAUGCAAUCCCGGGGCCGCUCUGUGGUGCACGGGGGUGAGGAGGAGCGUGGCGGCAGCAGCCCCGGAGGAAGCAGUUAGGGGCAGCAGUGUGCGCUGAGGACGGCACACUCGGAGCAGGCACAUCAGUCCGGGCUAGAGCAGCGCCCGGUCCUCACCUCCCCACACACCCACAGCUGGGACGCGAGAGGCCCCUGCACGGACCCGGAAGCACAACAGUGAGUGGCGGCCGUUAGUGCUGCUGUGUACGGGCGCCGGGGAUGGGGGACCAGCAGCAGCACACGCAGGACGUGCACCCCGCCGGCAGCGAGCAAGAGGAAGACGAGGAGGAGGAGGACGGGGGCAAGCCUCAGCCGGAGCCCCUGUGUGUGCGCGGAGUGACCGGGGUGCCUGACUCGCAGACCCUGAGCAUCCCGGAGCAGCGUCCUGAGGAGAGCAGAGUGCCCAUCCCCGCAGACAGGGGCCCGGAUAGCGAGGAGACGGGACCGUGGCGGCACAGCAGGGAGGUGACGGGCAGCUCCGGGGGGCAGAAGCCCAAGAAGAGGCGCAGCGUGCUGUGUACCGUGUACUGCGUGGAGAGCGAGCUGACGGGCGAGCUGCCCCCCGUGUACCCGGCGGAGCGGCGCAGACUGUCUGACACCGGCUCCAGGAGCUCCCAGUGGGGUACGGGGGAGCUCCCUCUCAGCCCGGCCACUCUGGAGUUGUCCCCGUUCCUGAUCAGCAGCCUGGCCGAUGCGGGCACCCAUAGGGUGGUGAUGAGCUGCCGGGUGUGCUUGGAGAAUAAGUCCCUGAAGCCCCUGGCGUGCUGCAGGCAGGCGGUGUGCGAGGAGUGCCUGAAGCGGUACCUCAGCUCCCAGGUGCAGCUUGGACAAGUGGAGAUAAAAUGCCCAAUAACUGAGUGCAAUAAACACCUGGAUGAGUCCACCAUCUUGUACAGCCUGCCACAUGAUGACAUCAUCAAGUACAAGUAUUUUCUGGAACUUAGCCGUAUGGACUCCAGCACCAAGCCCUGCCCACAGUGCAAGCGCUUUACAACCUUUAAGAGGAAGAGCCACAUUCCAAACCCAUCCAAAUUCGAGAACAAGUUCAAAAUUCAGUGCCCGUCUUGCCAAUUUGUAUGGUGUUUUAAGUGCCAUUCUCCCUGGCAUGAAGGCGUUAACUGUAGAGAGUACAAGAAAGGAGACAAGCUUCUGCGGCACUGGGCCAAUGAGAUUGAACAUGGACAAAGAAAUGCCCAGAAGUGUCCAAGAUGCAAGGUUCACAUUCAAAGAACAGAAGGUUGUGAUCAUAUGACCUGUUCUCAGUGUAACACUAAUUUCUGCUACCGCUGUGGGGAGAGAUAUCGUCAGCUGCGCUUCUUUGGUGAUCACACAUCAAACCUCAGUAUAUUUGGAUGCAAAUACCGCUACCUCCCCGAGAGACCGCAUGUAAGGAGAUUAGUGCGAGGCUCUGUUUGUGCUGGGAAGCUACUUAUUACACCCUUGCUCCUAGUCAUAGGUUUGGCAUUGGGAGCCAUUGCAGUUGUAGUAGGGUUGUUUGGACUGCCUGUCUACUGCCUUUGCAAAAAGCAACGGAAAAGGACACGGACAGUGCAAAACCAAGCUAUUUAGGAAAAGGAAAAGAACACAUGCAAUAAAACGUACAAUGAAAAUAUGGUAGUCUUAAAGAAUUUCUUGUGUUGUAGAUGCCAUUUCAAUGUUAUUUUGCCAAAAAUACGUGGUCAAUGUAUUCUUGUUUUACUAACGUUUGCCUUUAAGGAAGUUCAGGUUGGCUUAGUGCCCUAUUUGUUGUCUCAGAGUUGGAAGCCAUAAACACUGAGUAAUAAUGAAGUGAUAGUGUUGUGCUGAAAUAAAAUGUUUGGUUAGUAAUUUUAAAAAGUUUAUUAAAUAUUCAUGCAAUUUGGGGGCAGAAUGUAUAUAACAGUCUUAGAGCAGUUUAUCAUUGCCUUAUUGCUUUUCUACAGUUUUGUGAAAUUGUUAGUGUACAUGUCUAGAUGAACAUUUGUUGUAUGUAUUAGGAGGUAAUACUUUCAGUACAUUAUAUUACAAUGCACUGCACUGAUCCAGUAACUCUGAUGGUGAUUUUAAUUUCUGUGUCCCGCCCCCUAUUUUUUUUUUAUGAAGAAGGAAAAAGUAAUUAUUUUUAAUUUAUUUCCAGAGUUAAUGGAUUUGACAUAGAGCCAAAUAAUUAACAUUGCGUUAUCACAUAAACACAUUUUACAUAUUUCAUUACAUUUCUAUUUUAAUACAGCUUGAUGAUAAUCCCUUGCACACAGCAGUAACACGCUGCAAUUUUAGUGUGGUACCACACCAAAAUCUAGUGAAAAGAAUAGGUAGCAGCAAGGAAAGAGUAUUCAAUACAGGAUGCAGUUACGUAGCUGGCGCACGGGAUCCUGGCGGUCAGCAUACCGAUGCUGGGAUCCCGAAGACUGACAAUGCCGCCAGCCACAAUACCGGCUAACGGGAUCUAUUCCCAAUAGAGUGGGAAUAGAACCUGUCGCAAGCACUGCAAACCACCGUGACCGCUGCGUGGCGAGCGCAGUGAUCCCACAAGGGGCUUUGUUGUACUCAUCCCCGCCACAUAACCUCAACCCUUCUAUACAUGUUAUAAGACAGGCAGAAACUCCCAUGUUGAGGAAAUGAUCCCUAUAGAGCACAUUUGGAAGUUCGCUACAAACUCACUACUACUGUAUAUUACAAUCACAUAUUCUUUAAGUGCGUGUGAAAACAACAUAUCAAAACCAUAUGUUUUUAAACACAUUGAUGUAAACAAGCCUUUUCAGUUUAUCAUUUAAAAUAUGUUGUUCCCAACAUAAAUAAAACAGAAAAACAAUAGUUGACUAUACUGUAGGUAUAGAUAUAAUUUUGUUAUUUUUUUUGUCACAUGAACUGUUUUGAUGUGUGUUUCCUUUGAUUUCCUUAUUAGGUGAAAAUGUCUUAUUUCUUCAUUUUAAGCUGUAAACUCUGGAAAUGUGAUUUUCGUUCCCAUAAACACAAUGAUAGUUUUCUGUUUUGUAAGAUCUAAAUGUGUAGCGCUACUGUUGUUUUAGCCCAUUUCUGUGGAUCCUUCUGUUAUAUAGAACUUUGCAGACGUGUUUGGUUUCAAUACUUUAGCUCUGGUACCAACAAAUACAUUGUGAUUAAUUUGGUUACAUUCGAGUUUCUGUCUAACCUAAACUGUAAUAGCCAUUUCUAUAUUUCAGCGUUCUGUGGGGAAUGGGUGACUAUGUCUCUUGUACUGUAAUUUUAUUCUAUUUAUGUUUGGCAUUACACAUACCAUCAUUUUAAUGUAACUUAUUUAAUGAUGAUGUACAAGCUGCACUUUAAAAAAUAAUUUUUAAUUGCACAUAACUUAAACAUGGCUUCUAGAUGAAGAUAAACAUUGGUUCCAUAGGCUUCCAUUUGGUGCUUUAUCAGCGUAUGUUUAUGGGUGUGUGUGUAUAUGUUAAUAUAUAUGCAUAUACACAAUUAUUGCAUACUUGUUUAAAUAUACUUUAGUGCCUUAUUUCCUGAAUCACUUGUUUUCCUGUUAGUUAUGUAUGGCAGUGCCCGGAAGGUUCCAGAUUCUCUGUUUGAUAUAGAAGUUUGAAUAGGCAUGAUACAAGUUUGCAGUAGGUGAAGAUUAACAUGCCUCCUUGUCACAAGAUUAAUGUAACAUUUUAGUAAAUGCUAAACAUACAAAUUAAGUGACUUGUAAUUUGAAUAAACAGAUGGGCAGGGUAACCAUUAAGAAAUAAAGAUUUUUAUAUUA